AUGUCUAACGAAUAUGAAUCAAAAAUAUUGUUUGCUAUUUACCGUCUAUAUAAGUCUGAAUAAAUUAAUGAAGAACAAAGAGGAGAACUAAAAGAUCUACUAAUAACAAAGAAUAAUCAAAUUAUGAAUCUUCUUGAACCCUACGAAGAAGCCUUAUUAACAAUAUUCGAUAACCAUUCCGAUGCAACGUCGUUAUGCAGUUAAAAAUCAUACAAAAAUUUGAGACCAUCUAAACUAGAUAUUAGACCUGCUUAUAGAAAGUCUUUGCAAGAUAUCUCUUAGAGUAUCAAUCAUUAGAGUUUGUCAACUAUGUUCAAAAAGAAAAAGUUCGUUAAUUGA